CGGGCCAGGCCGGGGCCGCCAUGGACGCGGCCAUCUGGAUCUACCAGUUCCGGCUGAUCGUGCUGGGCGAUUCCACCGUGGGCAAGUCCUGUCUCUUGCACCGCUUCACCGAGGGCCGCUUCCCGGGGCCGCUGCACUCCGAUCCCACCGUGGGGGUGGACUUCUUCUCCCGGCUGGUGGAGAUCGAGCCCGGCAAGAGGGUCAAGCUGCAGCUUUGGGACACGGCGGGGCAGGAGCGGUUCAGAUCAAUAACACGCUCUUAUUAUCGCAAUUCUGUGGGUGGCCUACUAGUAUUUGACAUCACAAAUCGACGAUCUUUUGAACAUGUGAAGGACUGGCUGGAAGAAGCAAAAAUGCACGUGCAGCCCUUUCAGAUAGUGUUCCUGUUAGUGGGACACAAAUGUGACUUAGUGUCACAGCGUGAGGUUACAAGAGAAGAAGCUGAAAAACUGUCAUCUGACUGUGGUAUGAAAUAUAUAGAAACUUCAGCAAAAGAUGCCACAAAUGUUGAGGAGUCCUUUACAAUUCUUACACGAGACAUCUAUGAACUUGUAAAAAAUGGAGAAAUCUCAAUACAAGAUGGAUGGGAAGGUGUCAAGAGUGGCUUUGUUCCAAACGUUGUACAUUCAUCAGAAGAAGCUGUAAAGCCCAGGAGACAGUGCACCUGCUGAGUUUGUAGCAUGCCAAAGAGCCCAUGGGGUGUUUAGAAGAUGAUGCCUAUCUAAAUGACAACAAAAAAAAAAUUGAAACAAUAUUAGUUCAUGGCUUAGCUGAAUCACAGAACGGUAAUUUGGUUUUGUAUCCUUCUGUCUAGGUUAUAAUCCAUAACACUUUAAGUGCUUUUUUUCUUUGCAGAGUACAAUAACUUUAUAUGGUCUCCAGGAAAAGAAAUUGUAUGUUGCUAAAGGGAAAACUAAUUCUAUAGCAAGAUAUUGAGAAAGUG